AGUAUGUGUGCGUGUGUGUGCAUGUGUGUGUGUGUGUGGUGUAAAAUGUGCUUUUCAAAGUGCUGAGAGGUUGAUGGGAAUGUUUGAUUAGCUCCUCUGAGAAGAGGAGAAAAGGUGCUUGGACCUCUUCUCGUUUCUUCUUUAGAAUAAUUUGGAUGGGAUUUGUGAUGCAGAAAAGCUUAAGGAAAAAAGGAUAUCCAUUCUGUGUGGUGGAAAAUUUUUGAAAAAAAUUGCUUUCUUCAAACAAGGGUGCCAUUUCGAUAUUUAUGGAGAUUGUUGUCCUCACUAUGAAGGCAUCUGUUAUUGAAAUGUUCCUUGUUUUGCUGGUGACUGGAAUACAUUCAAAUAAAGAAACGACAAAGAAGGUUAAAAGGCCUAAGUUCACUGUGCCUCAGAUCAACUGUGAUGUCAAAGCUGGAAAGAUAAUCAAUCCUGAGUUUGUUGUGAAAUGUCCAGCAGGAUGCCAAGACCCCAGAUACCACGUUUAUGGUACGGACAUCUACGCAUCCUACUCCAGCGUGUGUGGCGCUGCAGUUCACAGUGGUGUGCUCGAUAAUUCAGGAGGGAAAAUACUUGUUCGGAAAGUUGCUGGACAGUCUGGCUAUAAAGGGAGUUAUUCCAAUGGUGUCCAAUCAUUAUCCCUACCACGAUGGAGAGAAUCCUUUAUCGUCUCAGAAGCUAAACCCCAAAAGGGUGUAACCUACCCAUCGGCUCUUACAUAUUCAUCAUCUAAAAGCCCAGCUGCCAAGGCAGGUGAGACCACAAAAGCCUAUCAGAAGCCAUCAGUUCCAGGGACAACUGCACAGCCAGUCACCUUGAUACGGGUACUAAGGACCACCACAGCCGAAGCCACCCACACCACCACCUUGUCAAAGCCAUCCCCAUCUGCAGGCUCUUCCACCAGCAGCCCCAGACCACAGCCCAUGGGCCAGAGGAGCCAGGAGCUGGAGCUCUGGUCCACCACCGUCUACACCAGCAGCCCAAGCAGCGCCGGCACCAAUCCAGGGGAAACAGACCUGUGGAAACCUGGAUCCGUCCUUUUAAAUGCAGGAUUUGUUCCAAAAGAAGAAUUAAGCACACAGUCUUCGGAGCCAGUAUCCCAGGGAGAUCCAAGCUGCAAAAUCGACUUGUCGUUUCUGAUUGAUGGGAGUGCGAGCAUUGGCAAACGUCGAUUCCGAAUCCAGAAGCAGUUCCUGGCUGACGUCGCCCAAGCUCUUCACAUUGGCCCGGCCGGUCCACUGAUGGGUGUUGUCCAGUAUGGAGACAACCCUGCUACUCACUUUAAUCUCAAGACUCACGUGAGUUCCCGGGAUCUGAAGACCGCCAUCGAGAAAAUCACCCAGCGAGGAGGGCUGUCUAAUGUCGGUCGAGCCAUCUCCUUUGUGACCAAGAACUUCUUUUCCAAAGUCAACGGAAACAGAGGCGGUGCUCCCAAUGUGGCUGUAGUGAUAGUGGAUGGUUGGCCCACGGAUAAGGUAGAGGAGGCUUCAAGGCUUGCAAGAGAGUCAGGAAUCAACAUUUUCUUCAUCACCAUUGAAGGUGCUGUUGAAAAUGAGAAGCAGUACGUGAUAGAGCCCAACUUUGCAAACAAGGCUGUGUGCAGAACAAACGGCUUCUACUCGCUCAAUGUGCAGAGCUGGUUCAGCCUCCACAAGACGGUGCAGCCCCUGGUGAAGCGGGUGUGUGACACUGAGCGACUGGCCUGCAGCAAGACCUGCUUCAACUCGGCCGACAUUGGCUUCGUCAUUGACGGCUCCAGCAGUGUGGGGACGAGCAACUUCCGCACGGUCCUCCAGUUUGUGGCCAACCUCAGCAAAGAGUUUGAGAUUUCAGACACAGACACGCGAAUCGGGGCUGUGCAGUACACCUACGAGCAACGGCUGGAGUUCGGGUUCGACGAUUACAACACCAAGCCGGACAUCCUCAACGCCAUCAAGAGGGUGGGGUACUGGAGUGGUGGGACCAGCACGGGGGCUGCCAUCAACUACGCCCUGGAACAGCUCUUCAAGAAGUCCAAGCCCAACAAGAGGAAGUUAAUGAUCCUCAUCACUGAUGGGAGGUCCUAUGAUGACGUCCGAAUACCAGCCAUGGUUGCCCAUCACAAGGGAGUGAUCACCUAUGCAAUAGGCGUUGCAUGGGCUGCACAGGACGAGCUGGAAGUCAUUGCUACUCACCCUGCCAAGGACCACUCCUUCUUUGUGGACGAGUUUGACAACCUCUACAAAUCUGUCCCCAAGAUCAUCCAGAACAUUUGCACAGAGUUCAACUCACAGCCUCGGAACUGAAUUCAGAGCAGGUCCAGAAUUCUCCGCAGUCAAGUUCUCGCUGUGAGCUAGGCACUGCUGGCAGCUGCCCUGCGUUUGCAGGAGGGGUAAUGAGGAGAGAGAGCGUUGAGAAACUGGCUUCCUGAGCGGCUUUCUUGUGCUUGGCACUGUUUGAGGGACUUCAUUGGGAUAAUAGAUGUGAAGACCCCAUUUUUUAGAGGGGAAAUUAGAGACUCGGAGGUUAUGUAACUUGUCCCAGGGUUUAAACCCAAGUCCGUCUCAGAAAAAAAUUAUUUGAGUAAAUCCAACAUAAUUUAAGUAAAUGCAAUAAAACAAUGCACCAAUA